ACCGGACCAUUACAAAGCUCCAGGACAUUUCACAUUUGUUCAAGCAUUGCUCCCCGACGGAGGAUCGCACCUGAUCCUCGACUCGCAAGCAUGUUCAGGACGGCGUCGCGGAGCUUUGCGGCUUCAGUAUGGCGGAGUGCAGAGAGUAUUGCCCAGAUUGAAGCUGCGUAUCAAACCGGCAUCAACGUCUCCAAAGCUCAGGGCAUUGGCCAGCGGGGCUUUAUCGAUGCAAUUGGCAAAACACCGCUCAUCCGCCUAAAGCGCCUCUCCGAAGAAACCGGCUGCAAUGUCCUCGGCAAAGCAGAGUUCCAAAAUCCCGGCGGCAGCGUCAAAGACCGCGCUGCCCUCUACGUCGUCGAGCACGCCGAGAAGCUCGGGCUGCUGAAGCCCGGUGGCACCGUCAUCGAAGGCACGGCGGGAAACACUGGCAUUGGCCUUGCACAUGUGUGCCGCUCAAAGGGCUACAAGCUCGUCAUCUACAUGCCGAACACGCAAUCCCAGGGCAAAAUCGAUCUGCUGAGACUGCUGGGCGCAGAGGUAUAUCCGGUGCCAGCGGUUGCAUUCGACAACCCGCAGAAUUACAACCAUCAGGCGAAACGGCAUGCGGACAGCAUGGACAACGCGGUGUGGACGAAUCAGUUUGAUAAUGUCGCGAACCGGCAGGCGCAUAUUGAGACCACAGGCCCGGAAAUCUGGUACCAGACCGAGGGAAAUAUCGAUGCGUUUACCUGCUCGACGGGAACGGGAGGGUCCCUUGCGGGCGUAACAAGGUAUCUGAAAGAGAAGAGUGGUGGGCGGGUGAAGAGCUUCCUGGCAGACCCGCCGGGCUCGGUUCUACAUUCAUAUAUCCAGAGCGGCGGGAAGCUGACAGAGAGGGCCGGAAGCUCAAUAACGGAGGGCAUCGGCCAGGGACGAGUAACGGAAAACUUGAAGCCGGAUAUCGACCUCAUAGACGACUCGUUACACAUCGCUGACGAGAAGACUAUUGCGAUGGUCUACCGCUGCUUGGACGAGGAAGGGUUGUACUUGGGUGCGAGCUCAUGUCUGAACGUGGUUGCGGCGAAAGAGGUGGCUGAGAAGCUGGGCAAGGGACACACAGUGGUCACGCUGCUCUGCGAUGGAGCGUACAGAUACGCGGACCGGCUUUUCUCGAAGAAGUGGUUGGAGGAAAAGAAGCUGAUCGGCGCGAUACCGAAGCAUCUGACAAAGUAUAUCGUCCUGCCAUAAAUAGCCCCUAUUCAGCAAACGUAAGUUUCACAUGUACAUUGCAUCUACAGCGGUCUAUGAGUCUAUGUCGUCUAUAUCAUAGGGGCACCAGUGGCGAAGCCGUUGACAACAGCCGUCAUCAGCUGGUUUGCAAUAGCCGUCUUGGGCGGUAAUCUCAGACCACCUUCUUUGUACUCCGGCCCAGCGUUUUCACCUAGCCCGCUAGUUCCUACGCGCAGUGCUUCUCUUACUUCGUCAGCGGUGAACCACUUCGCAUCCUCAAGUUCAGCAUCG